AUGUCUUCUAUCUCAGUCAAGCUGGACAAUGAGGCCGCCAUUGUUGGUGCCAUCAAGAACGUCCGAGAUGAUGCCAACCCAGCACAAUGGUGCAUCAUAGGCCACUUGAAUGAUGAUGUAAACACAGUCACAUUACAAGCUACCGGGAACGAAGGAGUCGACGAACUCAAGUCCAAGUUUGCUUCAAAUCAAGUCCAAUAUGCUCUUAUUAGAGUAACAACAACAGUGGAUCUGUCAAAGGUAGUCAGAUUUGUCUAUAUAUACAAUCUCGGUGCCGAUGUGUCCUUCGUCAAACGGGGACGCAUGGGAAUAGUUAAAGGAUCCGUGUCAAAGCUUUUCGAGCCAUAUCACGUCGACUUUGAAAUCAACGAAGCUAGAGAAAUAUCCGAAAACAUAGUCAUUGAGAAAGUCAACCAGGCUGCAGGUGUCGCCAAUAACGUGCGAGAAAAGAACUUUGUGGUUGGCAAGCAAGAACGUGGAUUUACUGGAAGAUCUGCUCACGUAUCUCCCACCAAACCAACGGCGGAAGGUGCCUCUCUUUCCCCUGGAAAUGAUCAACAACAACGAACAAGCACGUCCGUAUCUCCUACUGCUAGAACAAGCACCAUAUCCAAGUCAGCCAACAGCAGCAGUGCAACAUCACCUACAAAACCACAGGCCGCUACUCAAUCAGCCACUCUACAGAUCGCUCCUGAACUCGUUGACGCCAUUCGAGCAGUCCGUGAUGAUAAAGUUGAAUGUAGAUGGGUCGUGGCUUCGUACAAGGAUGGAGAUAUUGCUAAACCAGUAUCGCUUACUGCCAAGGCUGCUCAAGGUGAAGGUGUUGACGUCUUGAAAACACAUUUCAAGCCUGAUGCUAUAUCUUAUGCUUACGUCAAAGUGAUCGAUGUCAUUGAAGGAAUCGCCACAAUCAAGUUUGCUUUCAUUACUUGGAUUGGACCUGAAGUGUCUGUUAUGAAGAAAGCUAGAAUUGGCGUUCACCAAGGUGCCAUCAAGGAAUACUUCAAUCCAUUCCAUGUUGAGAUCGUUUCGUCGGAAUUAAGAGAGAUCUCUGACAACAGCAUCAACAACAAGGUCUCAUCAUUCUCUGGAUCCAAGUCAUUUGUACGUUAG